AUGAGUAAUAAACCACCUAUUUAUAUUAUGUUGGCGGCACAGUUGCUGUCGGUGGUCGGUGAUUCAUUCGGACAGAGGGUUAGUAGAGUCAAUUUCAAACACUCACCGAGACAUAUGAUGAUCGGUCUCUGCUUGAUGACAGCGAUACAGAUGUUUGUUAUCUUUUCGAUCUUACAGCUUUCAUUGCCGACCUCGAUCUCUGGUGCCAUCUAUAUCAAUAGCACAAAGGUAGAUUGUUUCUAUCAGCUCGACGUCGAAGGAAAGAUCGAAGAUUGUACCGUACAGAAUUGUACAGAGAUUCCUUGUAAAUCACAAGGACCAUUCUCAAUGUUUAGAUCGAUGAAACUGCAUCCGUUCUUAUUUGCAAACGGUGCAUUUAAUAUUAUUUAUUAUAAUGGUGAAGUGUUACUAUAUAAGGAACCUCUUGGACUGUUAUUCUUGGUAAUUGCUGCACUCUCAUCGACAUUUCUUAUUAAUCCACUGAAUAAAAUAUUUGGAGAACCAAUCAAUCAACCUAUUCCACCUUUAAUUUAUAUAUUUGGUAUUUUGGGUUCUCUAUUGAGUGUAAUUGAAUUUACGCCGAAACCACUGAUUACCUCGAAAGAUCAAACCGAAUCUAACGACAAAGAUACUCUUUUGGAUAAAAACGACAGUUUUAUCGAGCAAGAGUAUUCAGAGGAUAAAAAAGUGAUCGAGGAAAAGUCAAGACUCAUCAACGAUUCACCAGCCGAUCAAGACUCUCCACAACAAAAGAAGGAUGCCAAGUACUGGCUCAAGACUGUAGGAAAUGUAUUUUUAAGAAGUUUACGUAUUUUGAUUCCAAUGUUGUUGUUGAUGCUUGCCAAUGCUAUCUGGAUGGAAACCUCACUUUUCUAUAACGAUCAAUUCCGUGUCAAUGCUUUUGGAUACAACUCAAUCGAUCAGGUUCUUUUACCAUUCUAUCUAUUCCCAUUCAUGCUUAUUGUCGACUUUAUUCCACCACUAAAGAAACUGUUCCUUACCGAAGACGAUGCCAAGGAAAAUAUGCUACAGGCCGUCAAGGGAACAUGGAAGGAAACCAAAUACACUGGUUUAAUUACUUUAUUUAUGUAUAGAUUUUUAAUUAAUGCACGUGCCAUUAUUUACUUUUAUUUGGCUAUUGAAUAUGAUUUAACUUUAGUAUACUUGGAAUUAACACUUAUUCGUGUUGUUUUGAAUUGGUUGGGUGCUGUCAUUCUAAAUUUGAUUGUGCCAAAGUUUAUCGAUGCAACAGCCGAAGAGAGAAGAAAGACUUUUUAUCCAAUCAAUAUCGUAUUGAAAUGUUUAGGUACUGGUGGUGUUGUAGCUAGUUUGAUCAUUUUAAAUAAGUAA